AUGCGUCGCCGCAGGAACGAAACCAGUGUUGAAAUUCGCAAACAGAAAGGCACUGAGCUACUGAUGAAACGUCGAAAUCAGUUGGUGGAGGAUGAAGACGAAGGGGAACUCUCAGAUUUGGAUGUGAAAACAAUGCCUGCAGUAUCUAGUCGACUUACCAAUGAGGAAAUCAUCAAAAUUCUUUGCGACAAUCCAACCCUGGAACAGAUGAGAACUUGCUUUGAAGCACUCCGUCGUACGCUGUCACGCUCAAAGAAUCCACCCGUUGAUGAAGUGAUCAACUGCGGUCUUGUGAAUGCUUUGGUGCAGGCACUUGCUGUCGAGGACGAUAAGGUUCGAUUUGAAGCCGCCUGGGCGUUGACAAACAUCGUCUCUGGUACGUCGGAACAAACCGUAGCCGCUGUUGAAGCCGGUGCCACACUUCCUCUAGUCAAACUCACGCAGAGCACCAAUCCUGCUCUAGCUGAACAGGCUUUAUGGGCUGUUGCAAAUAUCGCUGGAGAUUCGGCUCAACUUAGGGAUUAUGUCAUAGGCGAGUUUGUCGUCUAA